AUGGUGAAACAAAAAUCUUAUUCACAUAACGAUGGCGAUAUGAAUACAUAUAAAAUACGAAAAACUCGUGCUGGACCAGUGCAUAAUCAUAAAAAAGAUUCUUUUAAAAAUAAUCAUGUUCCAGUUGCUCAAUCAAAUGGAUGUUGUAGUUCGAAAACACCUAAUAAUAGUCCUUCAACACCAAUUAUUGUACAAUCUCCAACUGUACGAUCUUCAACGCCGCAGCUUACUACUCAUGAAAAAACUCAUUUAAAACUUGAUCCAUAUGAUCCAUUUUAUUAUCAUUAUGGUCGCAUAAAUAAAAAUAUAAAUGAAAGGAAACAUUCUUAUCAACAAAAAAAUGCAAAAAAUAAAAUUCAUCCAGCGAUAAAAACAGCUCAUCAACGGCAAACAAACAACAAUUCGACGCUUCCUGUACGAUCCACAGUACCAACAACAAAGAAACAGAGUUCUUGUUGUACGAUUCUUUAG